AUGGCCUCCGUUUGCCUGCUUGGGGGCACGCGCCAAAGGGAUUGGCGCUCCCGAGGGCUUGCAAUUGGCGCCGCCGCUGUGGCGGAGAAGGUCGAUUUCGACGCCGCGGCGGCGGAGAUGGAUCAGGCGUCGCCCCUGCUGAUCAUGGACCACGCGCUGAAGACAUUUGGCAGUGAUGUGGCCAUUGCAUUCAGUGGUGCUGAAGAUGUGGCGCUCGUGGAGUAUGCACAUCUCACAGGACGCCCAUACAGAGUGUUCUCUUUGGACACAGGGCGUCUCAACCCCGAGACUUACCAGCUUUUUGAUCAAGUGGAAAAGCACUAUGGGAUCAAGAUCGAAUAUACAUUUCCAGACACACAGGAGGUCGUCGACUUGGUACGUGAGAAGGGAAUGUUCUCUUUCUAUGAAGAUGGCCAUCAGGAAUGCUGCAGGGUCAGAAAGGUGCGUCCACUUAGAAAGCAGCUCAAGGGUCUGAAGGCCUGGAUCACUGGACAGCGAAAGGACCAGAGCCCUGGCACCAGGUCAGCCGUCCCCGUGGUUCAGGUCGACCCUGUGUUUGAAGGCCUUGAAGGUGGCCCUGGGAGCCUUGUGAAAUAUAACCCGCUCUCCAACAUGACUUCUGCGGAAGUGUGGAACUUCUUGAGGGUGAUGGGUGUCCCCACAAACUCGCUGCAUGCCCAGGGAUUCAUCUCCAUAGGCUGUGAGCCAUGCACCCGGCCGGUGUUGCCAAAUCAGCAUGAGCGUGAGGGCAGGUGGUGGUGGGAGGAAGCCACAG